AUGAACCACGAGUCUAACGAAAAGCCCGUCAUCCCGAGGAAAGCUUUGAAGGAGAUAAGACCGAAGCUUGGUGAUAAAUUAAAUAAUUUAGACCAAUCGGCGGAAUUGGCAGAAAGGAAGAAGGGAAAGCCACCAUAUUCGUACAUCUCUCUGAUAGUUAUGGCCAUCUUACAAUCGCCCAAUCGCCGUCAAACGUUAAGUGGCAUCAUCGAACACAUUCAAAAGCAGUUUUCGUAUUACAGCGAGAAUUGCCCUGCCAAAGGAUGGAAAAAUUCCAUCCGCCACAACCUCUCCCUUAAUGACUGCUUCGUGAAGACGUUCAGAGAUCCGACGAACCCCAGCAAAGGGCACCUGUGGUGUCUUCACCCACAGAGCACACACAUGUUCGAAGGUGGAAGCUUCAUGAGAAGGAAGAAGCGCUUUAGAACUGGCUCUACAGACGAGGAAGAGAGACGCGUUGUGCCUAACAGCAACAUUACCCUGACGUCAUAUCAUGACGUAGUUCACACGUCACCUCAUGACGUCAUCUCAUCGAUGUCCGUGCCGGGUAAAGCUCCACCCAGGCCUUACUUUAUGGGGCAAGAAGAAUGGAACCGAGAGUACCUUUACAAAGAGGAUCUCGAUAUGCAAGUAAGUUUGUACAAACACUGUGUUCCGUGGGCAGCACAAGGUGGAAAAAUCAAAUUAUCGGCUACGACCAACAGCGCUCUUUGUCUCAUUUGCACCCACUGCACUUGUUUCUACUGA